AUGCGCGUCGCGUUUCGCCCAGACCUCGCACACGGGGCGAUCGCGUCAUCGAACGCGCAUCGAACGCGCGCAAAGCGUCAUCGCGGGCGCACACCGCGCUCGGUGAGCGACGAGAGCGUCGCGGAUAGGACUCCGUCGCAGCGCGAAUCAACCUCUCGAAACGUCGUCACCUCGAACGAGGACGACGCGCAGGCGGUAAACCGCGCGUCGAACGCGGUCGAGCCCGCGGAGUGCCGGGUGACGCGCGAUUUAGGUCGGGCGGUGAGCGCGAAGGAGGGUUGGCGGCGCCUCGCGCGGGCGACGCGCGAGUCCAGACGCGACGUCGAGCGGAGCGGUGAGUCGAGGAACGAGAGCGGGUGCGUGCGGUUCGUGAUCGACGUUCCGAGAGGGGAUGCGUGUUUAGAUUGGGUGCGAGAGGCGAGCGGACGCGCUGGAGAGGGUGCGCCGGCGUUUUAUUGGUCGCCCAGGGCGCGCACGGCGAGCGGCGGCGGAAAAGCGAGCGGAAGGACACGCGAUGGAUCGGUCGAGGACGACGGACGCGCGAGCAGGCAUGACGGGAUGUUGAGUUCUGAUAGAGGCGCGCGCGCGGGUUUAGGGGCGUGCGCGACGUGGACGGACGCGGGAGAGGAGGACGAGUCUUCGUUUCAGCGGCGCAUAGCAUCCAUGCGGAGGUUUCUUAGCGGUCAUCAGAGCGGACGUGCCGGCGCACGCGUGUACGGAGCGGGACGAUUCGACCCCGGACGCACACCUGAGGCAGAGUGGGCGUCGUUCGGGACGCACUUCUUCUUCUUACCCGUGCUCGAGGUGGUGGAGGGCGUCAAGUGCGCCACGCUCUCGGUGUGCGUCGCGUGGGACGCGAAGGGCGACGAGAACUGCGGUCCCUCGGCGAAGUCGUUCGUUCAAGCGUUGGAUGACGCGUGUGAGAUGCUCAAGCGCUCGAUGAGCGUGAACCUGAGCUCGAACGAGACACUUCCGCCCGGAGCGGCGCACGUAACAGACAGGACUCUGGUGCCUGAUGAGAACGGGUGGUCCAAGGACGUGUCCUCCGUCAUCGAUCGUAUUCGAGCAUCCAAGGCGAGUUCGAGCUCGAAUCGCGAAAAGGGUGAGGCGUGGGUGGACUUGGGAAGUAGCUUUGAUGAAGCGGAUUCACCAAACGUGCGGUCCGCAUUGGAGUCGCUCGGGCGCGCGGUGGGCUUAGAAGCGCCAAGCGCGGUUCUCGACCAGUUCGAGGCGAUGACGAUGGCGAGAAGUCUCUCGGAUGAAAACGUGAAUUCAGACGGCAUGGUGGACGCCAUGCUUCUCGGAGGAAAAUCCAUGGAACCGCUGCGUAAAGUCGUCUUGGCUCGCCGUAGCAAGCUCGCGCUCAGCGCGCCGGUGAACACAUUUGACUUGAUUUCUAGGCUUCAAGCCCGCGACCCCGACGCGUAUCAGUUCGUUUUGAGGCAUCCAAACGGAGAGACGUUCUUAGGAUCGACCCCUGAACGUUUGUUUCUGAGUCAAGGAGGAAGAGCUUCCAGCGAAGCCGUGGCAGGCACGCGCGCGCGAGGCUCUGACGACGGUGAAGACGCAGCGCUCGCUUACGACAUGCUUUUGUCGCCAAAAGAACACGAAGAGUUCGCGAUCGUAAGAGAAGAAGUUCGUCGUGCUCUCGGGGAAGUCGCGGAGGGUGGAAACGAUGGCAUCGACGUUGAGCUGGAGAAAGGCAUCCUACGAAACGUCACGGUUCAGCACUUGUACUCACGCUUAUCCGCACCUCUGGCUGGAGGGAAGAAUGAGGCCGAUUUGAUCUGCGCGUUGCAUCCAACGCCCGCCGUGUGCGGUUAUCCGCGUCCCGCGGCGCUUCGCACUCUUCGAGCGGUGGAAUCCUUCGACAGAGGCUUGUACUCGGGACCCUUGGGCUGGAUCGGCGCGGAAGACGCGGAAUUUGCCGUAGCGAUUCGCUCCGCACUGGUGCAUCCGAGCGGCGACGAGGUAUCGCUGUAUGCAGGUGUCGGUGUCGUUGGCUCCGCUAACGCUCAAGCCGAAUGGUCCGAGCUGAAUUUGAAGACGAAACCACUGGAAUCGUUACUGGCGCCGGCGCCGCGGCUCGCGAGUCUACCCAACCCGAACGCCGCGUGGGCGACCAUUCUCGUCGGUGAGCUUGUACGAGGAGGUAUUACGACCUUUUGCGUUGCACCGGGGAGUCGUUCGACUCCUCUUGCGCUCGCGGCGGAGAAGCACGUUGGCGCGAAUGUGGUUGUUUGUAUCGACGAACGAUCGCUAGGCUUUUACGCGCUCGGAUACGCAAAGGGUUCCGGACAGCCUGCGGCGGUGAUUUGUAGCAGCGGUACCGCCGUGGCGAACCUUUUACCAUCGGUGGUGGAAGCAUCCGAGAGUUCGACGCCCUUGCUGUUGCUCACCGCCGAUCGUCCGUACGAGCUGCGUAACACCGGUGCGAACCAAACAAUCGAUCAGGUGAAAAUAUUCGGAUCUUACACUCGAUUCAAUGCGGAUUUGGCGCCGCCGGGUGACGGUUCGCCCGCGCGUGCGUGCGCAACAAUGGCAUCCACCGCACUGAGGCAUCUGAGGGGCGUUGAUUCCGGGCCAGUGCACCUGAAUUGCGCGUUCCGCGAGCCUUUGGGGCCGCAGCGCGUGGAGUGGGACUCCGUGACGGCGCUCAAAGGAUUGGAGAACUGGGAGGCGUCUUCAACGCAAUUCACGAUCGGCAACGCCUCGAUCAGCGCCCCUCAGGAUGGAAGUGCGUGGCAAUCAGCCUUGUCGCGCAUCUCUCGGGCAAAGCGAGGUUUAUUCGUCGUCGGAGGCGGCACGACAGCCGCAGAUGCCAUUGCCGCCACAGCGAUGGCGGAGACGUUGGGAUGGGCCGUCGCUGCCGACGCCACGAGCGGAAUGCGCGUUGGCGCGUGUGAGAACGCAUCGGUGCGAAUGAUUCCGAUGAUUGACUACGUUCUCGUGGAGCCGAGUACGCACGAAGUGCUUCGACCCGAUGUCAUCGUGCAAGUUGGCACUCGCUUGACGUCCAAACGGUUGAAUCAGUUCCUCGAGACGAGCGCGAUCGACCACGGUGCCGAAUGGAUCAUCAUAGAGCCAACGCCGAACCGACAUGACCCAGCGCACUGCGUCUCUGUCAGAGUCGAAUCGUCUAUUGGUCACGCGUCGGAACUCUUGGAGCGUGCUCUGAACGACGAGAGCGGAUACGCGAUGAGCGAGCGCAAGGCGGCAUGCGUCGCCUUCGCUGAUCGAGCCGUCUCCAUCGGUGAGGCAGUCGCUCGCGAAGCUGCCGUCGCACUCGAUGAUAUAACAAUCAAUGAAGGAGUCUCCGAGAUGGCGGUCGCUGUCGCGAUCAGCGAGGGCUUGCCGGACUCUAUGGGUUUGUUCCUCGGAAAUUCGAUGCCCAUUCGCGACAUUGACACAUUUGCGGGUAUCAAACGAUACGCUGAAGGCUUCGAAAAGUCGGAUGGCACCUCCCUUGGAGUUCCUGUGAGCGCAAACAGAGGUGCUAGCGGGAUCGACGGCGUCAUAUCGACCGCCGCCGGUUACGCCGCCGGUCUCGGACAUCCAGUCACGCUGAUCAUCGGAGACGUGUCCUUCCAACACGAUUCCAACGGUUUGCUGUUCCUUCGCGAACGACCGGGGCAACCACCUGUGACGGUCGUUGUCGUCAAUAACGGUGGCGGUGGCAUAUUCUCAUUCUUACCAGUCGCCGCACAAGUCGAUGAUUCUUCGUUCAAUCGCUUGUUCGCGACGCCACCGGACGUUUCGAGACGGGGUCUGUGCGAGGCCCAUCGCGUGACGUACUCGCAUCCCAGAACUAUCGAAGAGCUUCGAAGAGCUCUCCGUACAUCGUGGACCGAGAAUCAGCACAAUGUUAUCGAAGUGACGACAUCACGAGCGAGAAACUUGGUCCAGCACAAGAUGGUUCAGCGUCGAUGCGCUCAUGCCGCGCGACGUGCGCUGAGACUCUCCGCCGAGUCGACGGCAAAAAUCGUACGAGGAGUGGAGAUUGCUUCCUUUUCCAUUCCUCUGAACAAGCCAACGACGACGGUAAGUGCUUCAAUGCAACGCGAAGGCAUGAUACUGAAGGUUACUCUGAGUGAUGGAAGCGUUGGCUUCGGCGAAUGCUCACCUCUACCCGGACUCCAUCGCGAGACUCUUCAAGAGAGCAGAGCGCAGCUUGCGGUUGUUGCUUCUCUUCUCGACAACAUCGACGUGCCUACGAACAUCAGUCUGCUGAAUGGUGCGUUCACGUCGUGGUUGGAGAGUCGUGUCGGUAUUCGAACGCCGAACGGCGAGUUAUUCCCUUCCGUACGAUUCGCCGUCGAAGCCGCCGUCGCGAAUGCGCUGGCCGCGAGCGUGGGCGAGCCUCUCGCGCACAUCAUGACUGGUAAUGCCGACACCAGUGGUGUUUUCGUCAACGGGCUCGUUGACGCCGCUACGGAUAUAGAUGCUGCGCGAAGAGAGGCACGAGAUCUCGUGGACGCUGGAUUCACGUGCUUGAAAGUCAAGGUGGCUCGAGGAGUUGGGAAAGAGGGCGCGAACGCCGAUGCCGAGCGCCUCGCAGCGAUUCGAGCGGAAAUCGGACCGAGCGUGGUCUUGCGCGCAGACGCCAACAAAGGAUGGGAUCUGAAUGAUGCGCUCCACUUUGGCGCACGCGUCGUUGAUCUCGGCGUCAACUUGCAGUACGUUGAAGAGCCCACUCGCGACGCGAGAGACAUCGCUACGUUUCACUUCACCACGAGCAUCCCCGUGGCGUUAGAUGAGACUAUCGAUGAAAUCGUGCGUUCAUCUGCGAACUUUACCGACGCGAGCGCGACCGUGGCUCAAAUCGCAGACCAAUCGACCGGAGUCGCCGCCAUUGUUCUGAAGCCGUCUGUCGUCGGUGGCCUCGAGGCGACUACAACUCUGGCGAGAGCUGCCAUGUCGCGAGGAGUGCGUCCUGUUAUCUCGAGUGCUUUCGAGAGUAAUAUUGGCUUAAAUACGUGCGCUCAUCUCGCCGGUUUCCUUGAAGACGCACUUGAGCGCGAAAUUUGCGCCGCGAAAGAUACGUCAACACAAAACGACAAUACGGAGCGCUCCGGCGCAUCGGAAUCCCCCAAGCCACUCAUUCUCGAGUUGGACAAUCAACCGAGCGCGCAUGGCUUGGGAACCGCGACGUGGUUCAACGGCGAUGUCAUGUCUCCAAACUCAGCGCCAGUAGUGAAACGAUCGAAUGGUGUCACGAUUGAGUUCACCGCAGUGGACGCUGCGUUGUCGAAAGCGACGGAGUUCAUGUCGGACUUUACUAACUCGACGCGCGCUUGGGGCGAACCCACGACGGUUCGCGUGGAGACCCCGAAUGGUUGUUUCGGCGUUCAUGUCGUCGAUAGUCAACGCAGUGACGUGAAACAAACCAUCGUGCUUUUGCAUGGUUUCAUGGGUUCGAGCACUGAUUGGGACGUCGUUGCCCGAGGUCUUGCGGCGUCGGGCGACGCUCGCGUUGUCGCCAUUGAUUUACCCGCUCACGGAGAGACAACAAUAUCUCCGAACCCCAAUAAAUCCAUGAGCGAUUGCCUGAGCAUCGAAGAAAUGCGUGACGUUGUGGCGAUGGUGCUGUCUCAAAUUGGAUGUGCGCCGGAAUCGACGCACGUCGUCGGGUACAGCAUGGGUGCUCGUGUCGCGCUCGCUCUGGACGAGCAUCUAGUGAAGACGAUCGUUUCCAUAGGUGGAUCGCCGGGCGUCCGUGGCGACGAAGCGCGACGCGCGCGCGCUGCUCGAGAUGACGCACUGGCGAGCGCUCUUCGCAAGGGUGCGGGCGUGCGCGAAUUCGCAGAGGUUUGGUACAAACAGAGUUUGUUUACUUCGCUCAUCGAGCACCCUCGACUCGGCGGCGUCGAAGGUCUCUCCGCACGUCGAGGAUCGACUCGCGGUGCAGAUGCGGAGAUACUUGCGACGUGCCUCUCAGCCGCGUCGCCCGGUCGUCAAGGCGAACAGUGGUCAGGUCUCGGACGGUUCGCGGGCAAACUCACCCUCAUAGUCGGCGAAAAGGAUGAGAAAUUCAAGGCGAUGUCCUUCAAGAUGCGAGACGCCGUGGCAGAGACCUCCGCGCUCGCGGAAGACGCAGUGAGCGUGCUUAUCGUUCCGGAUAGCGGACACGCCGUGCACUUAGAGGCGCCAGAAGCGGUCGUUCGUCGCGUGCUUCGCGCGAUUCGGCGCGAAAAAUAUAGGUAG